AUGGGGAGCGCUUGGCCAACUGGAGUCCUUGGUCGCCGAGAACUCUGCCUCAAGAAGGAGCUGGCUGCCGCCCGUUCCAGAAUCUUGGAGCUUGAGUCCCAAGCUGGCUCGUCCACUGCCUCUCCCUUGGAGAAUGAUCAGGUUGCUGCUCCCUCUUCUUCUGUCUCGCCUUCUGCUGCUGGCUCCAAGUGGGCUCAAUCCGACUCUCUCUCGGUUGCCAAGGCCAAACCCAAGGCUAGGAUCACUCCUAAGCAACGUAAGGCCGCUGCUCGCAUCUUUCUCGUCUCUUCUCCUGCUGCUACUGGUACUUGUGUAGACGGACCUCUUUAUGAGUAUGUCUACUUGCCAAACAAGUACCGUGACCGUCUCUCCGCCUUCCGCCGCAAGCUGCGACUGAUCGGGUUGGAUAACAGCCGUGUACUUGAUGUGCACUAUCCGGCUCCUCGUGAGUUCAGCGCUCGUCUUGUCCGUGCUCUUGGUAUAUCCGCGAACAGUCGUAGACAGGUGGCCUACGACUUUGUUCGUCAAGCUGGCUCCGUGGUUGGUCCCUCUCCGCUUAUGGAUUUUACCUUGGCCGGUGAUGGUGAACCGGUCUCCUCCUCUUAA